AUGCGUUUCACCGCUGUUACCGUUGCCCUCUUCGCCGGCCUGGCUGCCGCUCUCCCCAACGGCGCUGAGUCCACCGUCUACCAGACCGAGGAGGUGACCAUCACCUCGUGCGCUCCUACCGUCACCAACUGCCCCGCUCGUGCCACUCAGACCGGCGUCGCUCCCGUGAGCUCCGCCGCUGAGACCACCGCCGUUGUUGUCCCCUCCGUCCCCGCUGGCGGUGCCCCUGCCUCCUCCGCUACCACCAUGCCCGGCAUGCCCAGCGGUGCUGAUGCCGUCUCCGCUUCCUCCGCCACCAGCGCCGUCAGCGUGCCCGCCGGUCCUGCCGGUCCCGCCGGUCCCUCCGUCACUGUGGUCCCCGUUGUCUACACCACCUGCGCUGCUGUGACCUCCUGGUCCACCGUUGCUGUUCCCACCGGCCCCGCCGGCGCUGGCAGCAGCGUUGUUCCCCACAUGCCCUCCAGCGUUGCCCCCGUCAACACCCCCAAGCCCACCGCCCCUGCCGCCGCUACCACCACCGGUGCUCCCGUCUUCAACGGUGCCGGUGCUCUGUCUGGCUCCCUCGGCUUCGCUGGCGCCGCCGCCGUCGCUGCCUUCUUCCUUGCUUAA